GCAAACUGCCGGGAGGGCGGCGGGAAAAGGGCAAGACGGGAGUGGGGAAAGGGAAGGAUCCAGGAAGCCGCGCGGGAGGGCGCGCGCGCGCGCCCCUUUUUCAGCAGUGUGGCGGGGUCGCACGCACGCCCGCCUCGGCGGCUGGGCGCGGUUUGCGACAGUGGGGGGAGUGGUGGAGGUGGCGGCGGCAGUGGCAACUUUGCGGCAAGCUCCGGACGGGCUUGCUUGACGGCGGUGUGGCGGAGGCCCCGCCCUAGGCGGCAGGAACCUGGAGGGAGGCGGAGGAAUAUGUCCGAGAGGGAAGUGUCUACAGCGCCGGCGGGAACAGACAUGCCUGCGGCCAAGAAGCAGAAGCUGAGCAGCGACGAGAACAGCAACCCGGACCUGUCUGGAGACGAGAAUGAUGAUGCUGUCAGUAUAGAAAGUGGUACAAACACUGAACGCCCUGAUACACCUACAAAUACGCCAAACGCGCCUGGAAGGAAAAGUUGGGGGAAGGGAAAAUGGAAGUCAAAGAAAUGCAAAUAUUCUUUCAAAUGUGUAAAUAGUCUCAAGGAAGAUCAUAAUCAACCAUUGUUUGGAGUUCAGUUUAACUGGCACAGUAAAGAAGGAGAUCCAUUAGUGUUUGCAACUGUAGGAAGCAACAGAGUUACCUUAUAUGAAUGUCACUCACAAGGAGAAAUCCGGUUGUUGCAAUCUUAUGUGGAUGCUGAUGCUGAUGAGAACUUUUACACUUGUGCAUGGACAUAUGAUAGCAAUACAAGCCAUCCUCUGCUAGCUGUAGCUGGAUCUAGAGGCAUAAUUAGGAUAAUUAAUCCCAUAACAAUGCAAUGCAUAAAGCACUAUGUUGGCCAUGGAAAUGCUAUCAAUGAGCUGAAAUUCCAUCCAAGAGAUCCAAAUCUUCUCCUGUCAGUAAGUAAAGAUCAUGCUUUACGAUUAUGGAAUAUCCAAACGGACACUCUGGUGGCAAUAUUUGGAGGUGUAGAAGGGCACAGAGAUGAAGUUCUAAGUGCUGAUUAUGAUCUUUUGGGUGAAAAAAUAAUGUCCUGUGGUAUGGAUCACUCUCUUAAACUUUGGAGGAUCAAUUCAAAGAGAAUGAUGAAUGCAAUUAAGGAAUCUUAUGAUUAUAACCCAAAUAAAACUAACAGGCCAUUUAUUUCUCAGAAAAUUCAUUUUCCUGACUUUUCUACCAGAGACAUACAUAGAAAUUAUGUCGAUUGUGUGCGAUGGUUAGGUGAUUUGAUACUUUCCAAGAGUGGCCGUGCCAUUUUACAUUCCCACCAGCAAUGUAUGAAAGAUCCAGUGUCUUCGAAUCUUCGCCGGCAUUUGUCUUGUGAAAAUGCCAUUGUAUGCUGGAAACCUGGCAAAAUGGAAGAUGAUAUAGAUAAAAUUAAACCCAGUGAGUCUAAUGUGACUAUUCUUGGGCGAUUUGAUUACAGCCAGUGUGACAUUUGGUACAUGAGGUUUUCUAUGGAUUUCUGGCAAAAGAUGCUUGCAUUGGGCAAUCAGGUUGGCAAACUUUAUGUUUGGGAUUUAGAAGUAGAAGAUCCUCAUAAAGCCAAAUGCACAACACUGACUCAUCAUAAAUGUGGUGCUGCUAUUCGACAAACCAGUUUUAGCAGGGAUAGCAGCAUUCUUAUAGCUGUUUGUGAUGAUGCCAGUAUUUGGCGCUGGGACCGACUUCGAUAAAAUACUUUUUCUCAAUCAAAAUUAGAGUGUGUUUUCUGUGUACAGUAGAACUAACGUAUCUUGCUAGUAAGGGCACAUAGAGCAUUUAGAGUUGUCUUUCAGCGUUCAAUCAAGCUGAGCUGAAUGUAGUGAUGUUUACAUUGUUUACACUCUUUGUACUGUCUCCUGCUCAGACUCUACUGCUUUUAAUAAAAAUUUAUUUUUGUAAA